AUGCCCAUAAAGCGAAAGGCUGUCGAUACUGAAGGGGACAAGAAGCCCUCCAGGGCGAAAGCGAGUACACCUUCCCCAAAUGAUAGCACCGACAGAAGAAUUCUUGAAAAGGGAAAGAUCGAACCUAUUCUUGAGCCAAAACGCCCAGAAAAAUUCCGGCCAUGGCCGUAUAUAGAGAAAAUGAUACCUGUGAACGAUGCAGAAGAUCUACCCGAGAACUGGCACAUGAAUGAGGAUGACCUUGAUACCUAG